AUGGGGUGCGCCAGAGGCGCGCGAUGCUGGGGGGGGUCCGCACAGGAGCGAGCGCAGAUGGGGGAUGUUGGCUUCCGUCAGCCAGUUUGGGAGGACACUGAUGCCAUCAAGAAGCUGAAGCAGGAUGAGAUUGAGUUGACUCGGAAGAUCUUCGCGCGCGUGGACCCCCGCAGCGAUGCGGUCUCCAACCUGCAGGGGGCGGCAGCGCGGCAUAACAUUGAUCCCUACUGGAGCCCCUUCCAUCAAGUGGAAGACCUGAAACAACAGGUCACCGCGGAGUUCGAUGAAUACCAGCGCAUCGUCGGGGCGGCCGAAGCCAAGCGGACGCGGAUCCAGAUUAAGCGGAGCCUUGCAAGGAUGUCUCGAGGAGUCUAUAAUCCCUACAGCUCCUCCUUCCGGAUCCACCAGCGGCAAGAGGUACCUGAUCAACCCCCGAAGCCCUUUCGGCUUCCGGACAAGUUCUGGGAACCGAGCCCAUUGCAGGUGCAGCUGGCGAACGAACGGAUCACCUUUCGGGACCUGGACAUCAUCCAACACUUCUUGGCCGACAACGGGUACAUCCUGCCUCGGCGGACCACCAUGCUGUCCCGCCGAAAGCAGAAGGAGUUGGUGAAGGCGGUCAUCUCGGCGCAGCACAUGUGCUUGCUGCCUUUCCGGAUGAAGCCGAAGGACUACCAGGUGAUGCCUUUGAUGGAUCCCUUGCAGUGGAUGGCCGACCGCCUCACCGACCGCGUGCGGGAGGACAAAGACCGGCGCAGUGCAGCCAUGCUGCAGGUGAUGUGUCUUGGCGCAUGGCGCAGAGACGCGCUGCGCAGAGACAGGGGACCAGUCCUCCACCCCGCAUGA